UAGGAAACAUUUCACCUCGUGCAGCAACAAUGAGUUCAGUUCAGGCUUUGAGAGAGUUUAUCAAGCAGCAACUAACUGCUGCUGCUGGAGAAAUAUUCACCGUGUUUCAACAAACUGUGGUUCCGUUCGAGGAGGAGAUUUAUCGACAGCAAAGACUUCUGGAAAUCAAGUGGAAACAUCAAGUCAAGUUACACAGAAAAGAGAGUCUACAGCAACACAGUGGUCACCAGAAGACAAGCUCCAGUCUGGAGCAGGAGGAACAUGAAGCUCCACAUAUUAAAGAGGAGGAGGAUGUUGUUGAGGUGACUGUUACUGAUGGUGAAGGAGACGAUUCCCACCACUCUGUGAGAGACUUGACCAUCCAGAGACUAACUGCUGCUGCUGAGGAGAUAUUCACCCUGUUUCAACAAGCUGUGGUUCAGUACGAGGAGGAGAUUGACCGUCAGCGCAGAAUGCUGGAAAUCAACUGGAAUCCUCAAAUCAACUUAUACAGAACAGAGCUCCCACAGCACCAUGACCACAGCGAGGAGCAGCUCUUUAAACAGGAAACAAAUGACUGUGGAGAUAAGGAAGAACCAGAACCUCCUCAGAUCAAAGACGAACCAGAAGAACCAGGACUUCUCCAGUUUAAAGGGGAACAGGAGGAACCAGAACCUCCACAGAUUGAGAAGAACAAGGAACUCGGUAUCAGCCAGGAGGGAGAGCAGCUCACACUGAAGUUACCAAGUAGAUUAAAUUUGGUUCAGGAGCAAAGUGACCUGAGUGAACCAGAAGAAGUUCCAGACAAUCAGCAGAUCCUCUCUCAGAACACUGAAGUCCAUGAUGUGAAAAAUCACACGUGUGAGAAGCCGUAUUCUUGUGAAACAUGUGGGAGAAGUUUCAAGCACCAAAAUUAUUUGUUGAUCCACAAGAGAACUCACACAGGUGAGAAGCCAUUCUCUUGUGAAAAAUGUGGCAAAAGUUUCAGUCGACGGAGUAAUCUUUUGGCCCACAAGAGAACUCACACAGGUGAGAAGCCGUUUUUUUGUGAAACGUGUGGAAAACGUUUCAGUGAGAGAAGUUAUUUUUUGAUCCACAAGAGAAUUCACACAGGUGAGAAGCCGUAUUCUUGUGAAACAUGUGGCAAACGUUUCAACAAGCGCAGUUGUUUGAUGGUCCACAUGAAAACUCACACAGGUGAGAAGCCUUAUUUGUGUUUAACAUGUGGCAAAUAUUUCACUCAGAAAAGUUCUUUGUUGAGCCACACAAGAACUCACACAGGUGAGAAGCCGUAUUCUUGUGAAACAUGUGGGAGAAGUUUUAGUCGACAGACUAAUUUGUCAGGCCACAAGAAAACUCACACAGGUGAGAAGCCGUAUUCUUGUGAAACAUGUGGUAAAAGCUUCAUUCGACGGAGUCAUCUUUUGGGCCACAAGAGAACUCACACAGGUGAGAAGCCGUUUUUUUGUGAAACGUGUGGAAAACAAUUCAGUGACAAAAGUCAUUUUUUGAUCCACAAGAGAAUUCACACAGGUGAUAAGCCGUAUUCUUGUGAAACUUGUGGCAAAUGUUUCAGUGAUAAAUAUCAUUUGUCUGUCCACAAGAGAACUCACACAGGUGAGAAGCCGUAUUCUUGUGAAACUUGUGGCAAAUGUUUCAGUGAUAAAUAUCAUUUGUCUGUCCACAAGAGAACUCACACAGGUGAGAAGCCUUAUUUUUGUGAAACAUGUGGCAAACGUUUCAGUCAGAAAAGUUAUUUUUUGAUCCACAAGAGAGCUCACACAGGUGAGAAGCCGUACUCUUGUGGUACAUGUGCCAAAAGUUUCAGUGUACUUUGUUCGUUGAGACACCAUAUGAAAUCUCACAAAUCAGUCAUGAAAGACGCUUUGGAAGAUCUCAUUCAGGAAGUCUAGCUUGACCACAAACUCACAAGGUCCAGUUUAAUGGAAACAUCCCUGAUUUAAACAGUUGAGACUGUGCUACAACAAGUUUUCUUUUUCUGGUUUGUGACAAAAAUGAGAAGAUUUGAAUCAAUUUAAUGUCCAGGUAUGUUGACCUACACAAGGGCUGACAAACAUUCCCCUGGUUGGAUCUUGAACUUGAGUACUGCUUGUAAUUUUUUUUUUUGUGACAACCAUUUUUUUUAUUUUAUGAUUUG